AUGGGUUCAAGUAUCGUCCGCGUUGGUGUGAUCGGUUGUGGUGAAAUUGCCCAGGUAUCACAUAUUCCAACAUUCAACUUCCUGUCCGACUACUUUGAGGUCACCUACCUCUGCGAUAUCUCCACAAAAGCCCUACAACACUGCAAGCGCAAGGUGGCCGGAAAUCCUCCCAAUACCACAAAAUCCGCCGAAGAACUGUGCAGCUCAUCUGAAGUCGACGCGGUUCUGGUUUGCAAUGCAUCUGCUUAUCAUACUGAACAUGCACUGCUUGCCCUAAAGAACGACAAAUCGGUCUUGGUCGAGAAACCGCUCACAAGCUCAUACGAAGACAUCGAGAGGCUCCAGGCUGCGGAAAAAGCUUCCAAAGGCCGGUUGAUGGUGGGAUACAUGCGACGUUAUGCACCUAGCUUCCUUGACGCCAUCGCAGAGAUUGGAGGAAUCUCACAGAUUCUAUACGCCCGAGUCCGCGAUAUCAUCGGACCCAAUGCAGUAUUCGUUGGACAGUCAGGAACAUACCCCAAGCGUUUUGAUGAUUACGCCCCCGAAGAUUCACAAGCUCUACAGGAUAAGGAUCGGACGGCUUCAGAUGAGGCGCUAGCUGCUUUCGGAGUCAUUGCCAAUGACGAGACUCGCCGGAUGCUGAUGCUAUUGGGUGGAUUGGGGACACAUGAUUUAUCUGCCAUGCGAGAGGCUAUUGGGAUGCCAAAAAGCGUAAAAACUGCAGUGCUGAAGCUUCCUAUCUGGACAGCAACUUUUGACUACGGGUCAUUCCCAGUUGUCUAUGAAUCCGGGGUCAAUCAAGUCCCUAUUUUCGACGCUCACAUUGAGAUUUACGGGCCAGACAAGAUUGUCCGCAUCAACUACGAUACCCCAUAUGUUAAAGGGUUACCAACUACAAUGACCGUGCGUGAGAAAACGACCGGCCCGCGUGGGGAGGAAUGCUACCAAGAGCGCAACGUGCGAACCACGUACGAGGAUAACUAUACAGUGGAGUUCAAGGCGUGGCACGAGUCUAUCGUCCACAGAAGUGAACCUAAAACAACGAUCGAGGACGCCCGACAGGACGUAGACCUGAUGCAGAUGCUGCUGCGUGCGGCUUUCCCAAGUGAAUGA